UCUUUUGUUUAGACGAUUGACUUCUCUAGUGUUACAAGCCGAGCGAGAUGGACAGAGAGGAGAAGUACGAUCGUCAAUUACGGCUGUGGGAAAACCAGGGGCAACAAUUGCUUGAAUCCGCACGAGUGCUGGUGGUGCAACCGACAGUCACCUCGCUGGAGUUGGUAAAGAACUUGGUGUUACCAGGCGUAGGGUCCUUCACGUUGCUGGAUGAGCCCCAGACGGUACAGAGCGAGGACCUUGUAUCGUUCUACCUGAGUCCUGAUGAUGUGGGCUCCGAGAGGAUGUCGUCCCUGGUGAAGAACUUGAAUGAGUUGAACGAGGACGUUGCUGGUGAUUUCCACCAUGUUGAAGAUGUGAAUGUUUGGUUACAAACAGUUCAACCAACCGAUUUUUGGAACCAAUAUGACCUUGUUGUACUCAACUGGGAGUACCCAUUGGUGCUGGAACAACUGUCAAAGCUGAAGAUACCGGUGAUUGUAACGAAUACCCUGGGAUUUUACGGUAUCCUUAGAAUAUUCAAACCUUCAGUUGAAGUUGUCGAAACUCAUACCCAGGGCGUUGCAGAUCUCAGGAUUGUAAACCCCUGGGAUGAAUUACUGCAAUAUAGCGAUUCCAUUGAUCUUGAGUCACUUGAUGUCGAGGAACAUGCGCAGAUACCGUAUCUCAUAAUACAAUUGAAGGCCGUGCAGGCCUGGAGAAAGGCUCAUACCCAGCUACCUAAAACCAGUCAGGAGAAGAAGGGGUUCAAAAAGAUGAUCAUGGACUGGAAGAAAGACUACCAAGAGCUGAACUUUGACGAAGCCGUGGAAAAUAGUCAUAUGAUUAUGAGCUCAACGGGCGUUCCUCACAGUAUUCAAGAGCUGUUACAACAGGUGGAUACACGUCUUGAAGAGGAGAACAGUAGAAGCUUAUUCUGGAUCCUGGUGAAGGCCCUGAAAGCAUUUGUCACACGGACAGGUGUACUGCCUCUGACAGGUGCAUUACCAGAUAUGACCUCAUCUACAGGGAACUACCUAGCUUUGAAAAAGAUAUAUCAAGGCAAAGCAGAUGCGGAUCGAGCACUAUUCACUCAAAAGUUGGAUAAAAUAUUGGAGACGAUGCAUUGGAACCACGCUGUCGACCCACAGACUGUACAGACCUUUCUGAAGAACUCAAGACAUCUCUACUUCUCACAAAGCUCUUGUCAACCUCUGAACUAUGUGAAUACGAAAAUUGCAACAGAACACGAAGAUUCAAAGAGUAAUCUGGUACUCAUCGGAAUCUUCCUCGUUCAGCAGUAUAUCCUAGCACAUAACGCACUCCCAACAUUGGACCACCUUGAUGACCUCUUCUCUCAAAGGAAGUCACUCACAGCCUCCCACGAGCUGUACGAUGUUCUCAGAGAGAUUUUGAGAGCACAGGGACAGCAGCUGAACAACAUUUGUUCCGUGAUGGGUGGAAUCGCAGGCCAGGAAGCCAUCAAGUUAGUGACCAAUCAGUACAUUCCAGUGGACAACACCCUCAUCUUUGAUGGACUGAGAAGUGUCACAGAGAGAUGGAAAGUCUGAGGGCUCAUCAUCAUAUAAAACAGAUACUCAAUUCUUUAUAGAAACAAGCACCAUUAGACGAUGU